UAAUAAUCUAAAUGUGAAGGUAUUUAUUUGGAAAUUGUCAAUUUUGGUUAUGGUUACCUAAUCAUAAUAUAAAAUACACUUGACAAUUCAAGUUUUAAUGGAUGUUACUUAAAUAGUAAAAAAUGUAUGCUUUAAAAACUUUUCAUAUUGUAAAAUUGAACACUGGAGCUGCAGGAGUUACGUGCUUCAAAAUAUGUAAUUACAGUACCGGUACGGCUACUGAUCCUAAAUGUUUUAAUUUGGCUUCGUUGAAGAGAGGCACAGGCGGGCGAAGCAGUUUUAGUGGCGUAGUAGCCACUGUUUUCGGAGCAACGGGUUUUUUGGGAAGAUAUGUGGUAAAUCGACUAGGUAAAAUAGGUUCCCAAGUAAUUAUUCCUUAUCGAGGAGAUUCCUAUGAACCUAUGAGGCUAAAAGUAGCUGGAGAUCUUGGACAAAUUCUUUUUCAACAUUACCAUCUACGAAAUGAAGAUGCUCUAAAUAAGGCAGUUUAUUAUUCAAAUGUUGUAAUAAAUUUAGUUGGCCGAGACUGGGAAACUAAGAAUUUUAAGUUUUAUGAUGUUCACUGUAAAGGAGCUGCUGCUAUUGCAAGAGCAGCCAAAAAAGCAGGUGUUGAAAAGUUUAUUCAUGUGUCUGCUUUAAAUGUUGACAAAUCAUCUCCAGGUCAUGUAUUAAGGAGAGGUUCACAGUUUUUAGCAAGUAAAUGUGCUGGUGAACAAGCAGUUUUAGCAGAAUUUCCAGAUGCUGUUAUAAUAAGACCUGCUGAUAUGUAUGGUCAAGAAGAUCGUUUCUUAAGAUAUUACUUGGCCUUUUGGAGACGACAAGGCACUUGGCUACCUCUGUGGAAGAAAGGGGAAUGUACUGUUAAACAGCCAGUUCAUGUCAGUGAUGUUGCUCAUGCUAUUAUAAAUGCUAUUAAAGAUCCAGAUUCAAAUGGUAAAAUUUAUCAAGCUGUUGGCCCUAAGCGGUACAAGCUAUCUAGCAUAGUAGAUUGGAUAUACCAAUUAACGAAAAAAGAUGAAAGUUGGGGCUACUGGAGAUACGACAUGCGUUAUGACCCAUUGUUUAAAUUAAAAGUAUCUUUGACAAAUGCUUUAUCUCCCAGUUAUCCAGUAGCAAACGUUCACUGGGAAAGAAUUGAAAGAGAAUGUGUCACAGAUGAUGUAAAGGAAGAUUUGCCUACAUUAGAAGACUUGGGAGUAACUUUAACUGCAAUGGAAGAUCAAGUGCCAUGGGAAGUGAGACCAUUUUAUCGAGGAAGAUAUCAUGACAGAGAUUUAACUGAAUUUGGUGAAAGACCACCCCCACCACAACCUGUUGUAUGAAUUGCUUUAGAAAAUUCUUAAUUAUACAUUUUUACUGUAAUUAUUAUAAAUAAAAUGUAACUUUAAUCCA